AGUAUUUGAUUAAAUGCAUUAAAUAUUAUUUAUUAAUAUAAACUAUAGGGAGAAUUAUCAAUUCGAACAAAUGUCUCCGUCCAUGUCCAGAUAUAAUCUAAAUCUAUGUUCCCUGACAGACAAAGUCCAGACUUUGGCUCUGGUUUUUGCUGCCUUUUAAUCUCUUGUUUUUCUCAUGAAACCAGACUAAAAAUCAAUAUAUACUUCACCGUUACGUAUAAUCCCGUCAGUUCUUUUGGAGGAAAGAAAAAACCCGUCUUCAGGAAUUAUCAGUAAAUUCAAAUUUACGAAACAUGGAAAGCUUCAAAAUUUGGUGGCAUAUCACAAGGGUUUGAUUACUUUUUAGGGUCUGUGUUAUUGGUAGAAUGUUGGUGCUAAACAUGAAUUCGAAAAGACAGAGGCGCCCAAAUGUUAGAUUGGGAGAGAUAGGAGAUGUUUCUGCAGCUUUUGCAUGUGGGGUUUCUCAGAAAACUGCGGGUGAUUUGGGGCAUAAGAGGUGGAAACCUAAUUUUACAUACCCUAUUGAAAAUGAGCUUGAUAUAGGUUCAUCUAGACAAAAAUCCUCUGAGUUUUUAGUUUCUGAUCCGGGUGUGUCUCCAAGGGCUUCAGCUGAUUUGCAACAGAACAGAGAGAAUAAGAAUCCGAAUUCAUUGAAACAGGGUUCUGAUUUUGUUGGUUCAGAUGAUAUGACUAACUCCAAUUUGAAUUUUGGGACGAUAACCCGGAAGAGCAGGGUCAUGAGGCGGAAGGGUCGGAGUUCUGUGAGCAAUAGUGUGUUUGGUGGCGCAUGGAGUUCUAAAGUUAGCCCUCGAUUCAGCAGUGAAGAUGGGAAAGCAAGUGGUGAUAAAGAAUUUGCUGGAUUCACAUUGGACGGAUUUGGUGAUAAUGGAUUUAAGGAAUUAUCAGAUCAUGAAACACCAGCUACGAGUAAAGAGGCUUGUGAAUAUGAUGUGGAUGAAACUGGUUAUGAUGUCUGGCAACAGGGUUAUGCCAGUAAUUGUUGGAAGGAAAAAUUUUGUUAUGAAGCAAACAAUAAGCUUCUUAAAUAUGGACAAGGAUCAGAGGAAACAAGAUCCGAAGGUAGUGAUGUAAAUAACGUUAGGAGAUGGUUGAAGGACCAAGGUUUUGGCAAGUACGCUGGCAUAUUUGAGAUGCAUGAAGUGGAUGAGGAAGCGUUGCCUCUGCUUACACUGGAAGAUCUCAAAGAAAUUGGUGUAUAUGCUGUUGGACCUCGGAGGAAGUUGUACUCUGCAAUACAGCAACUGAAAAGAGAAGAAACCUCUGCUUGAAAAGUUAAUCGAUAAUGCUGGUAUCUUUUUGUUCUUGCUUCUAGAAGCUGUUUUGUGCUGGAAAAGUCACAGACAUGUAUGUAACUUUUUUGGAAUUUCUCUAACAUGAUCUUUUUUGUUUUACCUUGUUUGUCAAUGAGAUCAAUACUUGCAUCGUACCCCUUUGUACGUUUCAGACGGUUUUGUUUUUCUUGUGUUUUAUUUCAUCUUACUCAAAGGUUUGGAUAUCUCAAAUUUUGCCGCUGAAUGACAAAUGCUGCUGGAAAUAAAA